AUGCGGCCUAUAUUAUUACAAGGACACGAACGUUCUCUCACUCGAGUCAAAUACAAUCGAGAUGGCGACCUGCUCUUUUCUGUAUCAAAGGACAACAAACCAAAUGUAUGGUGGUCGCAUACUGGCGAGAGACUAGGCACAUUCAAUGGCCACAAUGGUGCCAUAUGGGAUUUGGAUGUAUCUUAUGACAGCACAAAACUACUCACAGGAUCAGCUGACAAUACAUGCAGAAUGUGGGAUGUAUCAAAUGGAAAGGAGCUCUUUCAGUGGGAAACCGAAACUGCUGUCAGAGCUGUUGCUUGGGCUAUGGGUGAUCAACAGAUGCUCUUUGUCACUGAUGCUACCAUGGGAAAGAAGUGUGAAAUACACAUUAUAAACAUUGAGGAAGAUAUGAAUGAACAAUCACCAGACGCAGACAUGAUAAUGACUGUAACAGGCUCAAAAGCUACCGUGGCUGGUUGGGGAAACCUCAAUAAAGCCAUAUACACGGGCCACGAAGACGGUUCGAUACAAGUAUGGGAUCCAGAAUCUGGUGAACGUAAUCGGAUGGUCAAAAUGCACUCGGGUCCCAUACAAGACUUGCAAUUCUCAAAGGACAGGAGUCAUUUUAUUACUGCUUCAAAAGAUCACUCGGCUCAAAUAUUUGAUGCCAAGACACUCAAAGUUAUGAAGAAAUAUCAGACUGAACGACCUGUAAAUUCUGCCGCAUUGUCACCUAAUAGGCCUCAUAUUAUACUUGGAGGUGGUCAAGAAGCCAUGUCCGUCACAACCACAUCUGCAAGACAAGGAAAAUUCGAAGUGAGAUUCUUCCAUCUAGUAUUCGAAGAAGAAUUAGGGCGUGUUAAAGGUCAUUUCGGUCCCAUCAACACUCUUGCAUUCAGUCCUGAUGGUCGAGGAUUUGCAAGUGGAGGAGAAGAUGGUUAUAUCCGAUUACACUUUUUCGAUGAGGACUAUUACACUUUUGCAUACGAAGAGGAAAAAAUUCAACAAUAA